GACCGGGCCAGAAGAAGUGUACCUGCAACCGGCCCAACCGCAAGGAGACGUGGCUGUUCUCGCGGUUCUCCACGGGCUGGAGCUGCGGGCUCCACGCCGACUGGACCGAGCUCACCAACUGCGUGCCCGGGGUCCUCAACAAGAAGGAGAACAAGUUGAAGAAUCAGAGGAAGUUCUACUACAUCACGCUGCUGCGGGACCCGGUGUCGCGCUACCUCAGCGAGUGGCGGCACGUCCAGCGCGGCGCCACCUGGAAGACGUCUCUGCACAUGUGCGACGGCCGCACGCCCACGCCGGAGGAGCUGCCCACCUGCUACGACGGCUCUGAUUGGUCGGGGUGCACGCUGCAGCAGUUCAUGGACUGUCCCUACAACCUGGCCAACAACAGACAGGUGCGCAUGCUGGCCGACCUGAGUCUGGUGGGCUGCUACAACAUGUCCACGGUGCCGGAGAAGAAGCGGGCUCAGCUGCUGCUGGACUCGGCCAAAAAGAACCUGCGCGACAUGGCCUUCUUCGGCCUGACGGAGUACCAGAGAAAGACCCAGUUCCUGUUCGAGAGAACCUUCCGGCUGCGCUUCAUCCACCCCUUCAUGCAGUACAACAGCACGCGGGCCGCCGGCGUGGACCUGGACAACACCACGAUCCAGCGCAUCGAGGAGCUGAACGAGCUGGACAUGGAGCUGUAUGACUACGCCCGGGACCUCUUCCAGCAGCGCUACCAGUUCACCCGGCAGCGCGAGCGCCGCCAGCAGCGGCUGAAGACGCGCCUGCAGCCGGGGCACCGCGGCCUGGGGCUGGGGGUCGGCCUCUGGCCCUCCCGGGGCCGGCCGGGGGGCCAGCUCUUGCCGGGGCCCGACGCGGACAGGGACGGAGACGGCGACGAGGAGGGAGCUGGAGGCGUGAGCGUGGGAGGCGGAGCAGGGGGAAGGACGGAGGAGGUGGGGGGGAACCGACCCCCCACCGAGGACUACAUCAACCAGAUCAACCGCUGGUAGCGGGGGGGUGGGGGGUGGGCGGAGGUCCGGCCCACACACACACACACACCGCUGCCAUGCUCACACUCUCAUGCAGUCAAACAUGCAUAUGCAAGCACUGAGCGACGCACACACUGACACACACACUGACACACACACACUGACAGACCAACUGACACACACACACAC